AUGAUUGCAAGGAAUAGUGUGAAAGGGGAAUACUAUUCCAAGCUGGCAGGUUCUUCAUCCCCGGUGGAUAUCGAAGAAAUCUAUUUUGACUUUAAAAAGCAACAGUUCAUCUAUUUAAAGGAGAAGGAAACCUUUUAUAAGCUUUCUUACCCUACCAAGGAAACAUUUGGCUACUAUCUCAAAAGUACAGGCCAUGGAACUGAUGCUAAAAUCUCUAAUGCUAUUGAGAAAUGGGGACGGAAUGUUUUUGAGUAUCCUCAGCCCACAUUCCAGAAAUUAAUGAAAGAGCACUGCAUGGAGCCCUUCUUUGUGUUUCAGGUAUUUUGUGUGGGACUAUGGUGUCUAGAUGAAUAUUGGUAUUACAGCCUGUUCACCCUUUAUGCUCCAGAUUUUAAUGGUGUAUCGUUGUGGGAAGUGGGUGAAACUCCGGGGACAGAUCUUCUGCUUGGGGGCAUUGUGUCUAUUGGCCGUUCUACUGGUCAGAAUGGGGAAGAUAAGUCUGUUCCUGCAGACAUGCUUAUAUUGGCUGGAAGUGCAAUUGUGAAUGAAGCCAUUCUCACAGGCGAGUCUACUCCCCAAUGGAAGGUUUCAAUCAUGGGUAGAGGAAAUGAAGAAAAGUUAUCCAUUAGACGAGAUAAAAGCCAUGUUCUUUUUGGUGGCACAAAGAUAUUGCAGCAUAAACCAGAUAAGGUCAUUAGCAAGACUUUUCCUAUAAAAACACCCGACGGUGGCUGCUUGGCUGUUGUUCUACGAACUGGGUUUGAGACAAGCCAAGGAAAAUUGAUGCGGACAAUAAUAUUUUCUACGGAGAGGGUUACUGCUAACAGCUGGGAAAGUGGGCUCUUUAUUUUGUUUUUAGUAAUAUUUGCAGUAAUAGCUGCUGGUUAUGUACUUAAAAAGGGGCUUGAGGACCCAACAAGGAGUAAAUACAAGCUUCUCCUGAGUCGUUCAUUGAUUAUUACUUCUGUGAUCCCUCCUGAGCUGCCAAUGGAGUUAUCAAUUUCUGUUAAUACAUCUUUGAUUGCACUGGCACAACGCGGGAUAUUCUGUACAGAACCUUUCCGAAUUCCGUUUGCUGGGAAGGAGUUCUCUGGAGUUGGUGGGUUGACGAGUGUAGAUUUAGAGACAGAUAUGACUAAACUGCAGGCCCGUACUGUGGAAAUCCUUGCUUCUUGUCAUGCCUUGGUUUUUGUGGACAACAAGCUGGUAUGA